GCUCGUUUGGCUUUCCAGUUGUACGGUCCUGUAGCAACCUGAGCGCAGUCUGCUCUCGGUCUCUACGAACGCUCCUCUGUCUGGAUACCAUAGUUUCUAUAUUCCUCUGGAUUAUAUUUUCUGAUGGUUUUCAACUCCAACUCGAUGCAUAGAAAUGGGUAAACUGCACUCGAAACAUGCCGCUAUUUGUAAACCGAGGGAGAGUCCAGAAGGCGACAGUUUUGUAGUCAAUGCCUGUUUGGCGAGAAAGGGUAUCGACGACUGGCUCGUGAAACAGAAAUACUAUUGCACGAGCUCUCGCCUCGAGCAACAGGACUGUCACCACAAGAACAACUGCGGUUUGACUACACGGGAAUCCAUGGAUGAAGCAUGUGCAGAAGAGAUUGGCAAUGAACACUACCGUUUAGAAGUGGCUUUACCACCAGAGAAGACAGACAGCUGUUGUGUGGAGGAGAAGAUGCAGGAGAGGGACAGCCAAUCUCCCGCAGGGCCACAGAAACAGCUCAAGUUUGAAGAGUUGGAGUGUGCUGUGUCUGUGGAGGAGGAUAACCGUCAGGAGUGGACCUUCACCCUCUAUGACUUUGACAAUAAUGGCAAAGUAACCAGAGAGGAUAUCACCAGCCUCCUCCACACCAUCUAUGAGGUCGUGGACGCCUCCGUCAACCAUUCACCCAGCAGCAGCAAGACAUUGCGGGUCAAGCUGUCGGUGGCUCCUGACUCCAGCCAGCGGUGGAGGACUUGUACGCAGGGUGCGGCAGACAUGUCCUACCCCAGAGAGAAAAAUGACAAGUGCAUAGAAGACCCCAAGAGUGCAGACAAGAAGACACGAGCACUCCUAAGGCGCCACCACAGUGACCACCACACCCAGCCGGGCUGCCAGCGCCACUGUGUGGAUGAGAACCUAGAACGCAGGAACCACUACUUGGACCUGGCAGGCAUCGAAAACUACACAUCCCGCUUCGGAGCCGCACCCACCACAGAGCCUACGAAGGCAGAGCCUCAGACCCGCUCAUCCAACCAGACUCGUUCUCGCUCCCAUGAACCAGAAAAUGGCCACUCCUAUUCCCACCACCGCCGCUUGCAGACUGUUGUGGACACUGUUGCUCCGGACAGCCUCCACCCCACCCGUACACGAGGCCAAGACUCUGGGAAACAUGCCCUCCGUUCUCCUAAGACCCACAGCCGCAUGCCUCCUGCGCAGAUCAGUAGCAGGGUUAUGAGGAGCCGAGGUGUCCCUCCUCCCCCGGCACUACCCAGCCAGACCCCCCCUUACCAAUCCACAGCUCCCUAUCGUAAGCACAAGCAGCGGUCCAAGGAAAGCCAGGGCUACAGGGCCUUAGGCUCUCAGGCUCCUGGACCAGUGGUGGAGAAGGAGCAGGUGAGGGACCUGCCCAGUGUGCUGCUGUACGAGGGGGGGCUCGCCCAAGUGGUGCAGCGGCAUGAGCAUCACCACCACCAUGAACACCAUCACCACUACCACCACUUUUACCAGUCCUGAAUGUUUUACCCUGCCUGGGCCAGCUCAGCACUCCUACAGUCCCACAAUACCCAACCAGGCCAGCAGACUCUGACUGCAAGCAGCUCCCUCCUCAACCCCUGGCCAACCCUGCGUUGUGCAGUACUGCCGUGCCUUUGUGGUGGACACAGAACAUGGGUUGGAGAGGAGGAUCAUGGAAGGGAUGUCCCAGUGAUUUGAGGUUAUUAGUCAGUGUUAUAAAGAGGUUGGUCGGACAUACAAAUGCUCGGUUAUGCAGCAGGACAGUGAUUCAGGGCCAAAGUAGGGCCAACGACUGAGGAUCGAGGCUGGGGCUAGAGAGGAGGCACCGGGGGACAAUUUGAUAAAUUACCCCGAAGUUCCUGUUGCCCCCGACCCUGUCAUCCUCUACAUAAUAGACUCUACGGCUCCACACUAGCACCACAACCCUUCCAGACCACUAAGCCAAAAGGUUUUUUAAAAGGAGGGACGAGAGGAGGAAAGACUGUGAUGUAAAGACAAAAAUAUAUGAAGGAAUAGGUGUGUGUGUGUGUGUGUGUGUGUGUGUGUGUGUGUGUGUGUGUGUGUGUGUGUGUGUGUGGGCGUAGCGAGAGUGUGUAUGUGAGUGUCACGACACUGGUGUCUGUUUAAAUCCACUUGAAGUGCGCUCAUGUGUGCGUGAGUAUUUAAAGCAGGCUGACAGUCAGGUUUUUGAAGAUGAAAAUGAAGAUUCUGAUUCAAGCACGCAAUACCCUGUAAGCAAAAAUGGGAAGAAAAAAUGUUGAAAUGUUUUAAAGUAAAAAAGAACCGCGAUCCCAAAUCCGCUGCUACCUCCAAUUUUACCCUAAUUGUUUUUAUAAUGAUUUUUUUGACUAAGCGUUCAGAGGUUAUUUUCAAAUUACUUCAAAACUUUUUGGAAAGAAGAGAAAUCAUGUCAUAAUCUGCAGAACUUAAGUGUCAAAAAGCUCAUUACUUUUAUGAACUAUCAUUGACUGUACAUAAGGUAUAUAUUAUCAACUUUAUAAGCUUUGUUGAUAAUGUGAUAUCGUUGUAUUCACUAUCUGAAGCUUUUAUGUUUGUUUUUCUUCACAACAGCAUUUUAUAAUACCACUCAGAGCCUCAAGACUAGAAAAUGAACAACUGUAUUACUUACUCAGGCUCAAACUCUUUCCUCCGUCUUUUUCUUCUUUUCUUUCUUCAACUUUCUCACAAUGUGAUUAGAUACAUAAGUGCAACUCAACUCUCAACACUGCUGUUCAGUCGCUCAACCUCUCAACACAUAGAAAUAUUUUAAAGCAUCAUUUUUAUUUAAUUUUAUGUCUAUAUUAAUUUUAUUUAAAGCUGUAGUGUGUAACUUUUUGAUAUUAAUGAACAUCCAUUAUAUUCAAGCCAUUGCAAUUAAUCCUCCGUGUGCUGUCCUCCGUGUGCUACUAGCAACUAUGUGGAGGUUGUGUGGGGGUGGUACGCAAUCACAGGCUUGUAUCAGGUGGAUACGCCAACAGUGUUGUUGUAAUUAUUUAGAAUUCCUCAUGGGGGAGACAGAAACUACGUACUAUAGCUUUAACCUUUAUUUAUACAGCUAAUCUAAUUGAGACCCAGGGUAUCCUUCUCAAGCAAGACCUGGUCAAGGCACAACAGCAAUACGACACCAAGUUACAGACAGAAAGGAAAAUAGGACAUGAGUCAUGAAGUGAUAAGUGCCAAAGUGGGCCACAACCGCCACGGCAACGCUGUUAAAGUGACAUGUAAAUGGAUAAAUAAUUAGGCAGCAGACCUAAAUGGGAUUUGUUGAAGAAAUUAUACCACUGCAGAGUUCUUGACCUUCCUACUUGCUGAUUAUUUGCACCAGUGUGAUGGUACUGCAGAAAUAUGAAUUAGAAACUGAAAAACGACCUGCAACAAUUUGAGAAAACUAGAGGAAAUGUAUCAAUGCUUUGGUCCAGUUAUUCUGUGUUUCAUCAUACAGCAAUUGCCCUUAACAGUCAGCUCUCUUUUUUUAUUCAAAGUGCUCAUAUUAUGCUUUUUGGCUUUUCCCCUUUCCUUUCUGUUAUAUUUCUUUUUGUGCACGGUAUCAGUUUACAAAGUGAAAAAUCCCACCCCAAAUGGACUUACCAUCUCCAACAGAAAACACUGUCCCAAACUGCUUUAUUGCGGUCCAGCCUUUUCCGUGACAAACGUGUAUCACUUUGUAAUAUGUUAAAAUACUCGCCUAGCUGCCAGCGUAGCACGCCCUCAUACUUUGCUUCUGACUGGCUAGUAGUCCUUAACUAGCUCCUGCGCAUGUGCGACUCCCAACAAAGAUGGAGCAGAAAUGAGAUGCCUCACUCUGUAGCUAAAACAGAGAGCUCAACACACAGGAUAAAAAGAGGAGCUGCAGCCAUGUUCAGUUAAACACAAAUAUGGUGUUUUUUGACAAUUAAACCACGUAAACCUAUUCUGGUAGAGCCUCAAAAUACAAUUAUGAACUUGAAAAUGAUCAUGAUAUGAACACUUUAAAUUUUCCAAAGUAUCAGCAGUUAAAUCACACCUCCUCAGGUCCAUGAUACACUUAAAAACAAAGAGAGAAACUAGAGAUGAUGUGAUCUUGACACCAGUGGAUUAGAACUCUCCAAUUCUGGCUCAUACCUUUUGGCAUAAUUUGCAUAAAUUGAAACCAAGGUACAUGCAGCCAGUUAGAUUGGUUCAUUCAUUCAUCAGUGUGGAGUUUGUCCUUUUUUAAGGAGAGUUUUUUUUGUUAAUUAUGCAGAGAAAUAUUUUGCUGAGCACGCAUGUCAUUUUUCAACCCCGCCCUGUCUUAGAACCAAGCAGUUAUACAUAUUUACACCUGGUAGUUGUCCAGCGCCAUGGUUAUCUUUUUGGAUAAUUGGAAUAUUUUUUUUUUUUUUUACUACUUUCAGGAUAGCACUUUCCGUAACUCGUUGACCACCCUUUGGCCUUGCCCAGGGGUCACGCGUCUGCUCCCGCUGUUUCCCGCUGUUUCUUCCUGUCCCCCAGCUGUCAGCAGGUCUUUCACCGUGUGCCGCCAUGUGGCCUCAGAGCUCAGCCAACAAGGCUCUGUUUGUGGUGUGGCGGGGCCAGAGCUCUUUCAGCUGUCUCAUUCCUCUGGUGCUGGAUAACACUGGGCCCGGCCCACAGUCUCCACUAGACCCAUAACUCACCGCUGCUGCUCUCCUGCCAGCACCAGGCGCUGUCUGUUCAUCCUAUCCCAUGAUGCUCUGUGGGCGCUGCCAUAAACAUUCAGUUGUGGAGGCCACCAACAUGCGAGGCAGUGAACUGAGAACUGCAAAUGUAAGGCUGUUAAUCACCUUGUAGGUUCUCCAGGGUGGUAGUUAACUGAUUUCUCACGGGCUAUUCUUGGUGAACACACAUGUUCUCUUCAGCACUAGAAAUGACCUGCCCUUAUGUAUCCACAGUCGUUUGUUAGGGUUUAAAUCCUGUGCGCAAGGGGAACCUAAUCCAUACAGAGAAAAUGAUGGCCCACCAGUGUCCAAUCUCUAUCGGCUAUGUUUGAUUGUGUUAGGUUGCCUUAAGCGUGUGCAUGUGUUUUUGAUGAGCAAGAAUGCAGUGCAUGUCUGUCUUGCCCUCAGCCCUGCAGUGUCCUCUCACAGCUGCAGGCCGUCCUUUAGCACAGGCACCAGUCAGACUGGUCAUCCCACAGGACCCACCGCCCGCCCCUCCCCCCCACCCCCUGAGGGGAAUCACAGCUGCGCUCCAUACCUCAGCUUCCUCACUGCUGUUCCUGGACAAGAAGUCCUCGCUGCUGGAGCCCUCACACAACUGUAACACCUUUUGUCAAGGGUUUCCUCUCACCCGAAACAGUGUUGAUACCAGCGUGACUCUCCAAAUAUAAGCAGUGUGGAAUUGGUAGCCUGGUUUUCUGGUCCUGCCGGGUGGUCCGAAUCGACACGGUGAGCCAGGGCUUCUGAAGGAAUUUGGGUGAAAGGAUCAGGCAGACCCACAGCCAGGUUGCAAUUUUUAAACUUUUUUGACCCUGAGAGAGUUCUACUGAACUGAAAGGACUUGAUUUAUUGCCCUGCUUCACAUUCAUACAAUGACCUGAACUCACAUCUGAAAGCUGUCCACUAGAAACACACUUUCAUACUGCUGACUUCAGCCCUGCAGCAUCACAAAAGCAACUGGGGGGGGUCACAUACCUUGCUCAAGAGCACCUCUACAGUAUUUGUUGAGAGUUGGGAAAGCUGGGAAGUUGAGAAAUUCUUUCCUCAAUUUUGUCACAGACUGUACAAAAUGCUCUUGGAAAAAAAAGUCCUUUAGAAACCUGUUUAACCUUCAGGCUGCCAAUCAAAAUUUUUCUUCUGCCUUUCAUCAUACCCUGGCAAUAUAUAGAUAUUUUGGGAUCAGAAUAAUAAAAAUAUUAAGGUUUUCAGUCAUCCGUUAUCCAUGUAAAUCUAUCAGAAUGUUAAUUUUUUCCAUUAUAUAUAUUGUUUUUAUUUCAAACGAUCAAUGCCUCUCACAACCAUUUUUUUCAUCAUCCUCCAUCUUCAGUCCUGUUGUAUAGAGUCCUGGGUAUUCAGAGCCACACCUUCAUGUUAAUACAAUAUGUAUUCCACCACUAAUUUGCUUUGAAGAUCAUGUAUUAACAUUUAAAAAAAAAAAACAGCUGUACAUAGUGUACUGCAGAAAGGAUAAGCCAGUAUCAUGUAGAAAGAAUAUAAGGCAUAUUUAUAAUAAAAAAAACUGUUAAGCUAUCUCACUUGCCUACUGUUAGCUAGUACUCCAAUAUCCACCAUGCCAAUCCCACAAAGCAGGGAGGAUUUGUUACCUGUCUAUCGCACAAGCUGUUUCUCUCUCUCCACAUGCAGAAACACUUUCACUUGGUGUUGUACAAGAAAGUUGUUUAGCACUAGCUGUUUCUCCGUUUUUCCUUUCCCUCCUAAUGUUUUAUUUCUUUGUUUAGUUUAUAUAGAUUGUAUUUGAUUAAUUCCUUUAUUUAUUUGAUAGCAGAUCUGUGCCGAGGGAAAAUACCCUUUUUAUCAUUAAAAUAUGAACCUGUUCCUUA